AUGAGCAUUACUUUCAGAAAAAUAAAGCUAAUAUUUAAGAAAAAUGAUAGUCGAUAUCCACAAAACUACCGUGCGGAGAUGAAAUCUAAGAAUACUGUCAUAACAAGGCAUGAUUUACUCAUUGCACACGAAAGAGAACAAAGGGCUUCGCUGGAUAGGACCAACUCAAUUAGUAAUCUUCAGUCACAUGAAAAGAGGAGGGAAGAGCGAUCGAAAAGAGCAUAUAAACUUGUUAACGACAGUAUAAAUUAA